GAUAACUGGGAUGAUGAAGAGGAAGAGGAGGAGGUAAAGGAGACAGAGGUAAAACAAGAACCAAAAGUCUCAGAAAAAAAGAAAAUAGCAGAAAAAAUCAAAGAAAAAGAAAAACUACAGAAGAAAAAGCAAGAGGAGCUUAAAAAAAGGUUAGAGGCACCAGAGGAACAGAAGGAGCUCACACCAGAAGAACAGUUAGCAGACAAACUACGGCUAAAGAAGCUACAAGAGGAGUCAGACCUUGAGUUGGCCAAGGAAACCUUUGGUGUAAAUAGCACUUGUGGAAUAGAUGCCAUGAAUCCCUCUUCUAAAGAUGACUUCACGGAAUUUGGGAAGCUGCUGAAGGAGAAGAUCACACAGUACGAGAAGUCGUUGCACUACGCAGGGUUCCUGGAGGCUCUGCUGAGGGACAUCUGCAUCUCCUUGGAAGUGGAUGAUUUGAAAAAGAUCACAAACACCCUGACAGUACUAUGCAGUGAAAAACAAAAACAAGAGAAGAAUAAAGCCAAAAAGAAGAAAAAAGGGGUGGUGCCUGGUGGGGGGCUGAAGGCAACGAUGAAGGAUGACCUGGCUGACUACGGCGGCUACGACGGAGAGUACGUACAGGACUUCGAAGACUUCAUGUGACAUUUAUCUCCCUUCUGUUGUCUUUCUGUUGCCCACAAAUCCCUUCAACAUGUAGCACAACUUUUCUUCCUUUCAAUUCUGCCAAAUGCUACAAUCAGA